AUGCCUGUUAAUAGCCGCAAGGAGUGGUUUGACUCCAUCGCAUCCCGGCAGUACGCAGAGAUCCGUGCUGCACUUCCGCGAUUCAGGGGUUCUGAUGACGGAGAUGGAGAGACAGGUCUCAUGCUAGCGUGCCGCAUCAAUGAUCUCGAAAUGAUCCGCUUACUCGCUCCAGAGGAGUCUGGGGUAACGAAUAGGGAUAAUAAGACCGCCCUCAUGAUGGCCGCCCUGCGAGACAACGCAGGAGCCUGUGACAUCCUUGCUCCAUUGGAGAAAGGUAUUACUCUACCAGACGGAAGGAAUGCCCUCAUGCUGGCAGCAGAAGCAGGAUGCGUCGAGUCCCUUACUAUAUUACUGAAUCAUUUUGGGUUUGAACGAGACAGAAACGGGUAUACAUCUUUGGAUCACGCAGCAGCCAGCGGCAAGCUUGAUGCAGUAAAGCUCAUUGCAACUCGCUCUGCAGGGCUUACCGUUGACGAUGUUUCCAAGGCGCUAUCCUUAGCGUCUGCUUGUAAUCAUGAGCGCAUCGUUACCUUUCUUUCUGUAAUUAAGAGCGGGCUCCAGUCAGGUGUGCGCUAUUGUCUUAAUUGUGUAGCACAGCUUGAGCUGCUAGAUGAGUUACGCAGCACUAAUGCAUCUCUAAAAGUUAUGAUAGAAAAAGGGGACGAAAAUGUACUCAGCCAGCAGAACGAGAUAAGAAAAUUGAAUGUAGUGCUCAAGCAAUUAGACACCGAUGUGUCUACAAUCAAGAAGCGUUACGAUGACCUAAAGAAAGAGCACGAACAGAUUUGUCAAGAGAUACAGCCUUUGAAGGAUCAGCUUGCUUUUUACGAACGAGAAAACAUGGAGCUGAAAACAGAAAGCCUCGUUUUAACACAAGAACUGACACAGACCAAGAUUCAGCGCGACCAAUUUACGUCUCAGACAGGAAGGUCGGCCCCAGAGCUCGAGGAAGAGCUUUCCAGACUGAAAAUAUAUCUAGCUCGUGCAGAAGAAGAUAUCAGGGCCUACAAGACUACUCUUGAUGAGGUCGUGGACGCAAAAACACGUUUGGAGUCCAACGAGAAGGAACUUCUCAGUAUAAUUGACUCUAAUGAGGCAGAGCGCUUGGUACUGGAGAAGAAACUCCACCGUCUUGAAGUAGAGAAGAACGAACUUAUGGAGGACCUCUCGAUAAGUCGUAACGAGGUUACACAGCUCACAGAGCGUGUAACAUUAAUUCAGACAGAGUCAGCACAGAGGAUCGAACAAAUUCUCUCAUCCCCACCUGAGCUUGAUGAAUUUGGAACGACCCCGCUGAUGACGGCCGCUGCAGCAGGAGAUCUCCAACUUGCUAAGUCCUUCCUUUCACAGGCACGUAUGUCUAAUAACGAUGGUAUGACUGCGCUUAUGUUUGCUGCAGAGGCCAACAGCGUUCCCGUUGUGAGCCUAUUACUUGAAUUGGAGGGCGGAAUGAUCAACAACUUCGGGGAGACAGCGCUGAUGAUUGCCGCGGAGUGUAAUAAUGUUGAAGUCACCGGGUACCUUGUCGAGCGCGAAGGUGGGAUGAAGCGUCCAGAUGGUAGUACUGCACUUGAGAUUGCUCUACUCCGUGGAUACUUCUCUGUUGCUGAGGUGCUUACCGGAGUAGAGGGUAUCAGUGUAGAGGACGUAAGCACAGAAAAUAGAUGUAUGACCGAGCUAAUGAUCUCUGCCAAGGAAAACAAUAUUGUUCGCGUCUGGUCCCUUCUUCCUCUACAGGGCGGGCUUGUCGAUCAGGAAGGAUGCACUGCUCUCAUGUUUGCCGCUCAAAGGGGCCACGGAGAGGUUGUGCGUAUUCUGCUAGAGAAGGAGGCAGGGAUUUCCACAAAUUGGGGCUCCACGGCGCUCAUGUGGGCAGCACAGAAUAACCACAUAGACUCUGUACAGUUGCUUUUGGAAGCUGAAGCAUGCUUCCAGAAAACUGAUGGGGGGACGGCCUUAAUGUAUGCAGCUCAGGAAGGCCACACAGAGAUUGUUCGGGUGCUUAUGGAGAAAGAGACGGGUAUCCAGAACAAGAUCGGUUGGACUGCGUUGAUGUAUGCAUGUAGCCGUGAUCAUCUAGCCUGUGCAGAGCUCCUUUUGGAGACCGAAGGAGGAAUGUGCAGCAACGACAAAGACACCCAUGGAGCAGGCUUUUCGGCGCUUAUGGCUGCUGCACGCAACGGUGCCAUUAACUGUGCAAGGUUAUUGUUGAAGCGUGAAGGUGGAAUGCGGCAAAACGACAACGGAACUGCUCUUAUGUGGGCUGCAAAGAGUGAUCACGCCAAUAUCGUCGAGCUUCUUGCUCCAAAGGAAGCAACCAUGACUACCAAUCACCGUCAUAAUAUGGGCCAGGGCGUGACAGCCCUUAUGAUGGCGGCCGCUGAUGGAAAGUAUGCUUCUGUCCAAAUGCUGCUUGCUCAGGAAGCCCACAUGACAACAGGCACCGGAAAGACUGCGCUUGAUUAUGCUAAGACAAGCGAGAUUUGGUCUCUAAUAAGAAACUAUGGGCAGUGA